AUGUUAGAUGUUCGAUGUGUAUACAUCGAAUUCGAUGUUCGAUGUGUCUACCGAACGAAUUCGCUGUGUCUACAUCGAAUUCGAUGUUCGAUGUGUAUACAUCAAAUUCGAUGUGUCUACACCGAAUUCGAUGUGUCUAUAUCGAAUUCGAUGUUCGAUGUUCAAUGUGUAUACAUCGAAUUCGAUGUGUCUACACCGAAUUCGCUGUGUCUACAUCGAAUUCGAUGUUCGAUGUUCAAUGUGUAUACAUCGAAUUCGAUGUGUCUACACCGAAUUCGAUGUGUCUACACCGAAUUCGCUGUGUCUACAUCGAAUUCAAUGUUCGAUGUUCGAUGUGUAUACAUCGAAUUUGAUGUGUAUAUAUCAAAUUCGAUGUGUCUACACCGAAUUCGAUGUGUCUAUAUCGAAUUCGCUGUGUCUACAUCGAAUUCGAUGUUCGAUGUUUGA